GAACUUUGCGAUGGAGUUUGCGCAUGUCGCGCACGCCAUCGUGGUUUGAAUUUUGUUUCCGGCCGCGCUAAAAAAUGUGAAGGGGACAGCGGAACGAAACUGUCUGCUCUACGGGAAAACAGUGCCCGCUUGCCGUCGUCCUGUUAAUACUCCAUCAGAUUUAGAAUGUAGCCUGGGUUAAUAAUUGGUCUGCAGUCCGGCACACAUGCCAGUCUGCAGGGAUCACACUGUAGCCUGUGGCAGCAGUCAGUGAUGGGCGUUGGUGACAGAUGACUAUUCCCCGCCGUGGCCCCAGCAAGCAUUGGCCCUCUGCUGCUAUGGCUUACCGCACACCCAACUACACUCACGAGCAGAAGCUGUACUUCCUGCAGCGCAUCCAGGGGGUGGUGGACAAGGUGCAGGACUUCCGUAAGGAUGUGAACACCACGGUGAAGCGUAACGCGGCCUGGAACGAGCUGCUGGUGGCGUUCAAUGCCGCCUUCCCCGACCGGCCUCCCAGCAGCAUGGCCAUGUUGAAGACCUUGUGGAAGCGCAUGAAGGUGGAAAGCAGGAACGCUCUGAUCCGGCGGCAGGAGCAGAUUGCGGCCGGCGUGCCCGUCACGGCGCUCACCGAGAUCCAGCGUGAGGUCUCCUCCAUAGUCCCCAAUUUGGUGGUGAAGAUGGAGGCCACCGUAGAUGCCGAUGCCAUCGUUAACACCCACAUCAAAGCGGAAUCCGGGACAUUUGCCGUAGGAGCGAGUGGCUGCGACCAGGAGGAUAUAACUGCCACCCAAAUUGAUGGCUCGCUGGACCGAGUCUAUACCCACACCACUCCCAGUGGCUCCGGUUUCCCUGAUGGGUCACACUGGACCUCUGUCCCGACAGCCACAAUGCCCACGGCUGAUGGGGGAAAGACCAGGACUGUUAUAGACUCUCACUUGGAUGCCAGGGUGCUGGAGCUGUCCGAGAGGGAACACCAGCAGAAAAUGAGAGUGCUGCUGGUUAAGGAGCUGAUGCUGGAGGACAAGCGGAAAGCCCUGAAGCAAAAAGAGAAGGCCUACAGAUACAAGAAGAGGUACUACCAAACAAAACUUCAGAAGCUGGGGGCUGAGGUGCACUCCUCCAGUGAUGAGGACUGACUGCUGUUUGUCAAAAGGCAUUUUUUUUAUAAUGGUUAUAUAAAAAGAAACAAGCAACAUCUAUAAUAUACAAAGUUUUCUUAAUGUUUUUUUUUUUAUUAUGACUGUUUUAUGCAACAUGCAGUGUUAACUUCAGGGUCCUGUCACGCUCUUUGCUGACAAAUGUGCCGUUUCUUUAGGCCGUUUACAGCGCGUUCUGUAAUACAGUAACCCCUUCACAUUCUUACAUUUGACAUUUGUGAUUUUGGUUAUUCGUGAGUCGGCCAGUUUGGCAAUUUGACAUGCAUAGUGUACAGUCCAGUGGUGUUUGUUUAGAAAUUGGUAAUGAUAUCAUUCAGGCUGGCAGACUGGUUGAGGUUAGGGGGGGGGCAAAGUAUUAUUCACAAAUAUUCGCAUUUACAGGAAUCUUCCAUUUUCCCUUGCAAAUGUGAAGGGGUUACGGUCCUAUACAGAAAUUCCCUAAUAAUCAGGCUUUUCUUUUAAAACUACAAUUAUGCAUUAUUUUUACAAGCUACGGCGGAGUUAAAUCCAUCUGCUGUCUGCUGUCAGAGGCUAUUGAGGAAACGCACCAUUUAACAACCUCUCCACAGUAAUGUUUUCCUGCAGC